AUGGCAUCAGGCUUUCCGUGUGUUUUGUUGCUCUGUUUGUCCAUCGGACUGUUGGCUCCAUCUUGUUAUGGACAAACCUCCGGCUCAGGUCACUGCCCUCCUGGUUGGACUCCGUUCGGCUCUCGCUGUUUCAGUUUCUACUUCCAUGCAAAGAGAUGGAUCGAUGCAGAGCACUUCUGCAAGUCCACCGGUGGGAAUCUGGCUUCUGUCUACUCAGCAGAGGAAUAUGAUUUCCUCAAAACCUACAUUAACCAAGUGACCGGUGAAAACAGACGGACCUGGAUCGGAGGCUUUGACUCAGUGAAGGAGGGCCUGUGGAUGUGGUCUGAUGGAUCCAUAUUCGACUACAAAAGCUGGGGUCGGGGGCAGCCUGACAACAUCGACGGAGUUGAGCACUGCCUUGAGAUGAACUAUCAGGACAACUGGAACGAUGAUUCGUGUGCCAACGUAUAUCCUUUUGUGUGCUCCAAGAACCUGUGA